UACACUGCUGGUGUCACCGGCUGCUGGAAAAGUUGUGGACUUUUAUUUUGAAACAUUUACCAAGGGCGGCCAUUUUGAAAUUUUCGUUAUUGCCGCUGACUACACACUGGCAAGGAAUAUUUCAGCUUGUUCACCCUUAGAUUUCACGUUGAGUGUUUAUUUUCUGAAAUAGUUCGUAAAAUAUGUCAGUUCCAGAUGUCUUCCAAACGGAAAUCACUUUUGUCAUUAAGGAGUUGAUUCAUGCGGCCCUAAUAGAAAUCGCCAAAGUUGUAACGUCAAGCGGCGAUGGUGAAGUAAGGUUGUCAACAGCAUGUGAGGACAGCCAUAGCACUACCAAAGUAACGUUACACACGCCUGAGUUAGAAAAGAAAAACGGUCAGAUGACACGUAUUACUUCCUUACUGGAAAUGGUGGGACAAGAGGCUGUACGCAAGCUCAGCAGAGUUUUCACAGAGUGCUGUGCAGUUUUGCAAAAGCAGUUUCGGCAAAGUAUGCAGGAGAAUAAAAGCCUAAAGAAGACACUCGGAAACAUGCAGUUGAAGCAGAAGGAUGUUGCUGUAAAGGACCUGCAUACAACACGUCUAAAAGCCCCUCCUCGGACUGAACACACCAGAGCAACAGGAGCAGGGUUGGUGUCCCCCUCCUCUUCUCAAACCAUCCCAGAGGAACGUCCAGUGCAGACAGGCACCUUUGAGAAGGAGUUUCUUGAAAGAAUGAUUGACUCCACUACAGGCUUCAUAAGCAAGGACAAAGAAGAUGACUCAAGUGAAGAAGUCUUUAUGAACAGAAAAGAGAGCGAAGAGGUUGUUGAUGCCCAGGGAUACAGGGAUGCUGCAGCUGUGUGCAGAGCCCCAUCCUACAGCAUAAGUGCCCAGAACAGAACCUUUGGGCUGGAGGAGGGUAGAGCCGUACUAACUGUGCCAGAAAGAGACAAAUUAUCCAAAAGAAAGUCCUUUGUAGUAAAUAUCAGUCUCACACCACCAGACCUCUCCCCUCAAGAUAAGUGUAAUCUAGUUUUGAACUACAGAAAGUCUGCUGAGAAACCACAUGACUGUGCCCUGUGUGGGAAGAAGUACUGGCAUGUAAAAGCUCUUAACAGGCACAAAUUACAACAUGAUCAAAAAUACAACUGUGAGACCUGUGGUAGAAUGUUCAAUAAAGAAAGUUCUCUGCGAUCGCAUGAACUGGUGCAUGCCGAGGUGAAGCCUUUCAGCUGCACAACAUGCGGCCAGGGUUUCACCGUCCACCGGAGUCUGGUGAGCCACCAGCGCAUCCACACAGGAGAGAGACCCUACAUGUGCCAGACCUGUGGGAAAGGCUUCACUCAGUCAGGCCAGCUGAAGAUGCACGAGAGGGUUCACUCAGAGGACAAGCCCUUUAAGUGCGGACAGUGUCAGAAGACGUUUCGAAACCCACGCACACUAAGAGCCCACCAGGUCGUUCACACAGGCGAUAAGCCUUAUACGUGCAAUGUAUGUGAGAGAAGGUUUGGGCUGGCCGUAAACCUCAAGAGACAUCACCUGAUUCACACAGGUCUCAAACCACACAUUUGUGUGGUGUGUGGUAAGGGUUUCAACCAGAGGAGUAUCUUGAAAGGUCACAUGCAGGUACAUACUGGUGAAAAGCCUUUCAUGUGCGACAUCUGUGGCAAAACCUUUGUUUAUAAUUAUGCCCUGAAAAAUCACAUGCUAACACAUGAUGGGGUCCAUAAGCAAAGACUGAAAACAACUGGAGAACAAUCAGAAAAUCCUCAAAGGUGUGAUUUGUGUGGCAAAUGCUAUAGUUCUGUAGCCUCCCUGAAACUCCACCUGCAGCUUCAUACAGGAGAGAAACCUUUUAAGUGUGAAGUGUGUGGCAAAACCUUUGCUCAGAAAAGUGCAUGUACCACACAUCAGAAGGUUCAUACAGGAGAAAAGACUUUCAAGUGCUCCUGGUGCUCAAAGGCCUUUAGCCUGGCUAAUGCACUCAGAAUGCACGAGCGCAUUCAUACAGGGGAGAAACCAUACAAAUGUGAGACCUGUGGAAUGGCCUUCCGUCUGAUUGGGAAUUUGACGAGACACAAGCGUGUCCACACUGGAGAGAAGCCUUUCAGCUGUGACGUUUGUGGAAAGAGAUUCGGUCAGGCUAAUAAUGUGAAAGCGCACAUGCAGGUCCAUACAGGGGUGAAGCCACAUUUCUGCCAGAGAUGUGGGAAGAGGUUUGCUUAUGUUAGAAACUUUAAAGAUCAUAAGUGUGUUCCAUGUUAAAUUCCUAGUUUAUCCUUGUGAUACAGACACCUCAAAGCUAUAAAAUUAUAUUAAACAUUAUCAUUUAAACCACUGAAUUGUUUAAGACUACAUACAGAUGUGAUUAAUGCCUUGUUUGAUGAGAACUAAAUGCAUCCCAGAAUGUGAAUUAAGUCAAAGUAAACUUUAGUCAACUGUGGUCUUUGAUUCUCAAUUUGAAACGAAACAGGUCUUUGUAGAUGUGUUGUCAAGUUAUUCAAGGGAUUUCCACUUCACUUUCAGCCCAAACAUGAAAAAGUUGUCCUCAGGGGAUGCAGGAAUCAACUUGGAAAAAUUGUCAAUGUUAUUUUUGUUAUUUAUUAAAAACAAAAACGUUUUUUAAAA